UUUGGAAUGGACUAGAAAAGAAAGCAUCUCAUCUAAUUGGAAAGAGAAGAGUAUAUAUUACUAAUAUUUGUAUACAAACUCCUGUUAGUAUUAUGGUAAUUCCAAACCCCUCGGCGCUGCCCAGCCCCCACUACCGCCUCUCACCGUAGUGGAUCAGUUUCAGACUUCACUUUUAUGCCGACUCCCCAUCCUUGUGCUCUUUCUAAUCACUCUUCCAGUUUGGAAAUCUUUGGUUGCAGCAGCGCAAAAGGAUGCAGUCUCUGAGAGACAUUGUGCCGGCUGCAUUGAACAACAUAAACACAAAAUUCAUUGUCUUGGACAAAGGGAGGAUAGCUAUGGAAGGGCAACAAAAGAUGUGUUUGGCACUAGUGGCGGAUGAGACAGCUGCAGUUCACUUUCAGAUGUGGGGUGAUGAGUGUGAUACUUUUGAGCCUGGGGACCUUAUCCGGUUAGAAAAUUGCAUCUUCUCUUAUAACCGCAACAACCUACUGCUAAGGGCAGGUAAGCGAGGCAAGGCAGAAAAGGUUGGAGAGUUUACCAUCACCUACGUGGAGACACCAAACAUGAGCGAGAUACGUUGGGUCCCUGAUCCUAGCAAUUCUAAGAUAUAUGUGCCAGAGGCUGUUAUUUCUCUCUUUUCACGAGUGUUUCCACCAAUGAAUUGAGUAUUGGGCAAUAUUCUUUUUUACGGGGUUUUCCAGGUAUUAUGAGAAUUGACAAACAUGCACGCCUGAGCUAAAACAGCUUCCUCUCCUUUGAUUCAUCAAGGUAUUUUCCUUCCAAAAGCUGCAUUUUUGUUUGUAGCACUGGAAGAGUGAUCAGAUUGUCACACUCACCUUUAUUAUGGAUUCUGAGAUAUCUGUUUGAUCAAUAUCAUAGAAAGGUAAUGCUACUCUGGAUCAAAUGCAGGCGUUGGCCAAAGCUAACUAAACUUAAGUUUGGUCAAGAAAACUUGGACUCAGGUUUACUUGAUGCAUGAAUCAAUGUGUGGUGUAACAUUCAAUCUUGAGCUGAAUCAUCUUCUUUGUUUACGCUUUUUUAUAGUAUAUUUAAGUCUUUACUUUUAUGGAUUUCUUGUGGACAAACUCAACGUUUAGCCCCACAAAAAAAGGGAGUGCGUCGACGAUGAUGUAGUUGUAGCAAUCAUCAUACAAGGCAGUUGGUCAUGCAAGCAUUAGAAAAGUUUCUCUCUGCAUUCGUCUUUCAGAAUGAUUUUGGGAAACAAUUUCUGAAACACUCGUAAAACUUCUUAGGUUUUCUCAACAAUAAGUUGCUAGAAUAAAGCAUCUUCAUUCAUCAUCAAAUAUAACAAGAAGCAUGAUAUCACAACACUUUUUUCCUUGUCUCAGUAAUAACACAAAGAACCCUUCUUUAAACUACGAGAGUAGACGACACAUACCAACACUUUUUCAUGUCGUAGUGAUAACACAAGUUAAUAACACUACUAUUCAAUAACUAUACCAGAAUAGAAGACUGAGAAGAGCUUAAAGAGAUGGCAAGCUCACUGCAUAGCUUUCACAUCAACAUCAGAAUCAAGAGUUCUAUUAUCACCUGCCAAAAAAUAAAAUAAUAAUUAUACUAAAGAAACGCAACACAAGGUUGGCCCGAAACAAAUUUAUAGCAUCAUUUUUUCUCAUCAUCACUUGUCUAUAUGCAAAACAAUUUUGGCAGUUCCAAUCUGCACAGAGCAAAAACCUUGAACCAGAACAUGCAGACUCACGGAAUUGAAAAGAAACCAUUGAAGAGAAGAUUCUAGAAAACUCAGAAUGAGAAGAAAUGAUUUCAUUGAUUGUCCUGCUGCUACAAUGUAUUGUGUAUAUAUAUAUAUAGCUCAACUAAGAAGUAAAAAUGUAUAUUGCUAGUGCUACGUGUCAAACUCCUAUUGGCCUAGCUGUAACAAAAAUAUAGACUAGUAUAAUUAAAUACACAUGUGCUCCUGUACAGCUGUCUGUGUGCAUGUUCCUGCUUCUCAAGAACCUUCCACGUACCAUCAGACAGCUCUCCAUCCAGGUUGGCAUCCAGGUUGGCAGGAUGCAAUGGCCAAAGAAUUCGAAGCUCUAGAGACUAAUAGAACUUGGGAUUUGGUUGAGCUCCCUCCUAGAAAGAAGCCUUUGCCCUGCAAAUGGAUUUACAAGGUUACAUGAGGAGGAGAAAUAGCAGGCGGAGAAGGUAUAGGAACAGACGAGGAUGAUGCAGUGGAUGUAGGAGAGGUGGGAGAUGUAGGAGGGGAUGAUACAAUAGAUUUAGAGGAAAUAGGAGUAGGUGAAAUAGAAAUAGAUGAGGAAUUCAAAGGAGACGAGGUAGGAACUGGAUGUGGGAAAGGAGAAACAGGACGAGUAGAAACAGAAGAAAUGACAGAUGAAAUAGGAAGAGGAGAAUGAAAAGGGAGUAUGUGUUCAUGGAACUUAAUAUUUCGGGAGACCAAGAAUUGCUGCGAUUGUAAACUCAUGACUUUGUAGCCUUUCUUUCCAAAAGGAUAACCAAGGAAUGCACAAGGUGUGGCUCUAGGAUCUAAUUUAUUUCUCCCAUGAGAGAGUGUAAAAGCAAAACACAAACAACCAAACGAUUUUAGGAAGGAGUAAUCUGGUGGUUUAUCAAAUAAUUUCUGGUAAGGAGAAACAUUACCCAAAAUUCUUGAAGGAAAUCGGUUGAGAAGGAAUGUAGCUGUUAACAGACAGUCACCCCAAAAUUUAAUAGGUAAAUUGGACUGAAAUAAUAAAGCCCGACAUGUUUCAAGUAGGUAUUUAUGCUUGCUCAACCACACCAUUUUGUUGUGGUGUCAUUACACAAGAGGUUUGAUGGAGAACACCAAGAGAGGAGAAAAACUGAGAAUGUGUAGUCCCUGACCCAAGCUCAUAAGCAUUAUUAGAUCGAACUUUCUUGAUUUUGACAUCGAAUUGUCGCUCUACCAUGGCAAAGAAUGCUUUGAGGACAGGAAAAGCAUUUGACUUAGUGAAUAACAAAAAUGUCCAGGUACAUCUUGUAAAAUCAUCAAUAAUUGUCAAGAAGUAACGAUGACCAUUAUAAGUAGGCGUAGAAUAUGAGCCCCAAGUGUCUAUAUGAAUUAGGUCAAAUUUUUGUUUAGAAGUUAUAUAGCUAGAUGGAAAGGAGAGUUUUGUUUGUCUUGCUUUUGGCCAAAUUACACAGACUUCAUUUUAUUCAGAAUUCAAUUUGUGAGGUAUUCCAGGAAUGUUACUCAUAGCAGGGUAUGGUAAAUGACUCAAACGUUGAUGCCACAAUUUACUCAAAGUACUACAAUUCAUAGAGCAAAUAAUUUUAUUCAUUGAAUUAGCUUCAGUUACAACGUCGCUAGAAAGACGUCCAUCAAAAGGACUUACAUUGAAAACAUCUGAAAAUAGAGAUUGUAAAGAACUAUAUGGGACACUAGGUUCAACAGAAGUAGUGGAAUUGACACUGACAUUGGAAAGACUAGAACUAGAACUGGGAGUUGCAUUGUCCAACACAUAGAGUCCAUCAGUGGUCUCACCAAACACCUAUAGCCUCUUCAGAGAAGGGGCAUGUAUGUCACAACCAAAUUUGUUAAAAAUCAGUAAACAAUCAAGUUGAGUGCACAACUGUUGUAUAGAGAUCAAGUUGUGUUUAAAACUUAGUACAUAUAGAACAUUUAUUAAAAUUAGAUUAGGAGGAAUAAGCAAUUUUCCAAUGGCAAUAGUUUUAACUUUGUAUCCAUUUGGUAGAUUAACAUAUACAGGAUUGGACAAUUCUUUGGUGUCAUGAAGGAGUGAAAUAUCAUAAGUCAUGUGUUGUGUGGCCCCUGUAUCAAGUAUCCAGGGAUUAUUAGGAAGUUUACUGAGGUGAGAAGAAAAGGCAUACAAGGCAACUAUCAUACCAGCCAUGUUAGCAGUCACAUUAGCCUCAAAAUCCGAAGAAACUCCUUGACCUGCAUGAAGAUUUUGAAGUAAAUGAAUCAGUUUAUCACACUGCUCCUUUGAGAAGCCUUGCACUAUACUCAUGGUAUUCACAGCCAG